AGAGAGCACAGUCAGUGCGGGAAGGGACUCCUCCUCCUCCUCUUUGAAGGGGCGGAGCAAGAAGGAUGACUCAUCAGGGAGCAGUCCUCCAAGGGUAUAAUAAUGAACUGGUGAAAUACCUAGAAGACCUGAGCGUGCGCAGAGAAGAAUUGGACACGGAGAUCAGACAAGCAGAGCAGGAGAAAAAGGUGGUGCAAGAUGAAAUUGCAAAGUUGACAGCACAGCUGGGGCAGGUGUGUGAAAGCCUGGCUUGGAAGAAUGCUGCCCAAAGAGAACUGGAUAAAAUCCUGGCAGAAACUGAAGUGGCAUAUGAGAAGAUCUUGCAGAGCUCUAGAAUUCUGCUGAAUGUCUUGAAAACAGAAAUGGGGAAUUUAGACAAAGUGAUAGCCCUAAAAAAUAAUGUGCCUAUGGAUGGUUAAUCAUUGGGACUCCCCCAAGUCCAAGAUUAGGCUCUCUCAAAAAGCAUCCCCAGAUGAGAUCAUCCCUAUGAUCAUCUUGGCAUUAGUGGCUGAUCUGCCAUCCUUUCUUGGGUGUGCAUUUCAAGGUGCAUAUAAGAAGGAAAGCAGGUAAUGUGUAAAAAGUGUGGGUUUUUGAAAACAACAGUUACAGGGCUUUAAAUCCUUAAUCUAAAAUUGUUGUAGACUUGGGAAGUGCAAAGAGCUGGUUCCUGCUAAUUAUUUGAAUGGGUUAACGCCUCAAAUAACAUGGGAAUAAAAGGCAGUAGACUUUGCUUUUAACUUAUCAUUCAAGUUCUGAAAGUCUACUGUUUAUGAAACUAAGGGCUGUUUCCAAGACUUGCUGCAUCAGUAAAUAAAAGUCAUUGUUAUUUAUUUGACUUGGACUUGCCACUGGGUACAUCAAUGGAGUGUCACAAAAUCUGGUGCUAUUUUAAAACUCAAAGCAGGUAUUGUAUUACAGAUAGGCAUUUCUUUGGAUGGGUGGCAAUGUGGUUUAAGAUGUACCGGUUGGAAUUAACUUCUCAGUAAUUCGUGCUUUGUAGGCAUCCAUUUGUUGAUUUCAUAAUUCUGGGCGGAGAAAUCUUUGUUGUGGCAGUCAUCACAAUUAAAGUUUUCCUGUUUAUGCA